UCUCGCGAUGUUUGUCAGCAACAGCCACUCGCUUCCUGAAAAUGGCCUCCUGGGGACGGGCUUCUGCCCUGUUGCGGGCUCUGCUCAAGAAUAACAAAGUUUUCAAAGGUUCUUGGUGGAGCCGAGCUGCCACGACUGGAGUGCUUGGGUCGCUUGUUGGUGCCGGAGUGUUCGUUUAUCACCGAAAUAAUGUUUAUAACCGGAGUUUUCCUCUGGCCAUCGUUCACGCAGAAGAGCAAAAAGAAGCUGCCGCCCCUCAGUUGUCCGCCAGGAGACUCAGGUUCUUCCAGUUCGCCUCUGUGGUCUUCGAGCAGGAGCCCUACAUGACGCCCAGAGACUUCCUGCACUCCAUCAUGCUGGAGGAUGUAGACCACAAGCUGCAGAAGAGGGUGUUGACGGAGCAAGAAGUGAACAACAUGCUCGCCAUUGCAUCUCGAUCUCGCGCCGGUAACGAGCUGUUCAGAAACUGGGGAGACGACGGUUUGAUAUCCUACACUGAGUAUCUCUUCCUGCUGACCAUCCUGACCAAGCCUCAAACUGGCUUCCACAUCGCUUUCAAAAUGCUGGACAUCGACGGCAACGAACACGUGGACAAGAAGGAGUUCAUGAAGCUGAAGAACAUCAUCGGGAAGAGCAAGAGAAGAGCGUCCAUGGACGGCACGGAGGCGAUGCUGGCAGAGGACGGCGAGGGCGUCAGCACCACGCUGCAGGCCUACUUCUUCGGCAGGAACGGACAAAACAAGCUGCAGUACCAGGAGUUUCAGAGGUUCAUGGAGGACCUGCAGGCUGAAGUCCAGGAGAUGGAGUUCCUGCAGUUCUCCAAGGGGAUGGAAACCAUGAGGCGUGAGGACUUUGCAGAGUGGCUGCUGCACUAUACGAACGAGGAGGACAAUGAGAUCUACUGGGAGAACAUGAGGAAGAAGAUCCCGGCUGGACAGAGCAUCACGUUCGAGGAGUUCAAGGUCUUCUGCCUCUUCACCAACAACCUGGAGGACUUUGCCAUCUCCAUGAAGAUGGUGACGGAGGCCAACCGUCCGGUGGGGAUGGCUCAGUUCAAGAGAGCCGUGAAGAUCGCCACAGGUCACGACCUGUCGGAGAGCGUGCUGGACACUGUCUUCAAGCUCUUUGACAUGGACGGGGACAACUGCCUGAGCCACAAGGAGUUCAUCGGUGUGAUGAAGGACCGAGUGCUGCGAGGCCUCAAGGUGCAGCACCAGAACGGCUUCUCCGGCUACUGGAAGUGUGUGAAGAGGGAGACGCUGAAGGGGGCGAAGGAGGCGCUGGGGGACAGCGGCUGUCCCAUCUGACCUGCUGAAGAACCACUAGAGAUGUUUACUGAGAUCAGAGUGGCUCCACGUUCAUUUCAGAGAAGCUUUACCGGCAACUAUGACCACUUUCUUCGAGGGUCACAGUGGACGUGACCUUGAUUUUAAGUCUUUAUAACCCAGGGUGCCUAAAAUAUACCACCGGAUUUGUGUGUUUACAAUGAAAAGGGAUGAAUGUAAAUAAUCUUGUGUGUUGGAUCUGUGCUGGGAGGAGCUUCUGCAUGUGUCUGACCUGCUGCGUUGCACCGUUUCACCAUGUGUUUCAGGAAUAAAGGGUGAAAACA